GUGGACAAGAGAACGCUUCUUCAACAAUAACAAGUAGUCAGCUACCUUCAUAGCCGACAUAGGCAAAAACAUUACAUCUCUUUAGUCUGUUUUUGUAUAUAUUAUACCGUGUGUUUUAAACAUACUUCUGUCGUAUCUAGUUGUUGGCCCAUUUAAUGUAAUAUUUACGUUGUUUGUCGGGUAGGUGGCUAGCUAAGUUAGCAUUAGCAACUAACCUAAGAUUAAUGCUAUCUGGCUAGUUAACAUCCCCGACCAUGAGCUCACUAUGCUACUCUCCCCCUACUAAAGAAGAGGACUGCUGGACAGAGAAAGAAGCUGUCGUGAAAGAGGAGAAGGAAGAGGAGGCUGUCACAGUAAAACAGGAAGUUGAGGCUGUUACAGUGAAAGAAGAGAAAGAUGUUACUUUGAAAGUGGAGGAUGUUACUGUGAAAGAAGAGGGAGAGAUUACUGUCACGUUGAAAGAGGAGGGACAAGAGGAGGAGAAGGAGGGACAAGAAGAGGAAGAUACGGGAGAUCUGAUUAAUACUAGAGAGAGACCAGAUUCUGACAGCGGGAAGAGUCCCUCAGAGGAGCCAGGCACAGAGACGUCCAAACCAGCGAGACGACGCCACUGCUCCCACUGUGGAAAAAGUUUUACUAAGUUACGGAACCUAAAAGAGCAUGAGAGGACACACACAGGAGAAAAGCCUUUCCAAUGUUCCCAGUGUGGAAAGAGUUUUACCCGGUUAAGGACCUUGAAAAGGCAUCAAGGUAUACACAAAAAAGGAAGGAAGCCAUACCACUGCUCUCACUGUGGAAAGGGUUUUACCAGGUUAGGGAGCCUGAAAAUACAUAAGAAAAUACACCCUGGAGAGAAUCCCUGCCACUGCUCUCAGAGUGGAAAGGUUUUUACUCCAUUAGGGAGCCUGAAAAUACACAAGAAAAUACACUCUGGAGAGAAAGCUUACCACUGCUCCCAAUGUGGAAAGAGUUUUACCCAGUUAGGGAGCCUGAAAAUCCAUCAGAGAAUACACUCUGGAGAUAAGCCUUACCACUGCUCCCACUGUGGAAUGACUUUUACCAGGUUAGGGAGCCUGAAAACGCAUGAGAGAAUACACACAGGAGAGAAGCCUUUCCAAUGCUCUCAGUGUGGAAAGUGUUUUACCCAGAUAGGGAGCCUUAAAGAUCACGAGAGAAUACACACAGGAGAAAAGCCUUUCCAAUGCUCCCAGUGUGGAAAGAGUUUUACCACGUUAGGGAACCUAAAAGAUCAUGAGAGAAUACACACAAGAGAGAAGCCUUUCCACUGCUCCCAGUGUGGAAAGAGUUUUACCCACAUACGGUAUCUGAAAAAACAUGAGAAAACACACACAGGAGAGAAGCCUCACCUCUGCUCCCAGUGUGGAAAUAGUUUUACCCAGUUAGGGGACCUGAAAAGGCAUGAGAGGACACACACAGGAGAAAAGCCUUUCCAAUGUUCCCAGUGUGACAAGAAUUUUACUCGGUUAGGGAACUUAAAAGAGCAUGAGCGAAUACACACAGGAGAGAAGCCUCACCUCUGCUCCCAGUGUGGAAAGAGUUUUACAAAGUUAGGGGCCCUGAAUAGGCAUAACAGGACACACACUGUAGGGGAUAAGCCCUACCACUGCUCCCAGUGUGGAAAGAGAUUUAACUGGUUAAGGCAUCUGAAUAAGAAUGAAAUAAUACAUACACAGGAGGAGAAGACAUACCACUGCUCUCAUUGUAGAAAGACAUGUUCACAGUCAGGGGACCUGACAAGACAUGGGAGAAUUGAGGAGCUAUGUUCUGUCUGAUUUUUUUUCGACUGAGAAUUUGUCUUUUUGGUUUAUGCCACAUUAAAUAAAAUUGUAUAUGUGGGUGAUUCACAUGAGACCAGUUUUAAACAUGUCUGUAGCAAUAUACAGCUCCAGUCAAAGGUUUGGACACACCUACUCUUUCCAGGGUUUUUCUUUAUUUGUACUCUUUUCUAUAUUGUAGAAUAAUAGU